CAAAAUAGGAGCUGCCGCUGCGGCCCCGCUGCUCCCUCCCUCCGGCAGCGGCUCUUCCAAAGACGGUCAGGGGCCGCCGCGGGCUGGGAGCCCCCUAAGCGCCGUGCCGGGCGGGUCCGCAGCCGGAGGGCGGCCGGGCUGAGCGGCGCGGCGCGGACAAAGCGGCGGGAGCUGCGGGGCGCGGCGAUGGCCGCGGCCGGGCAGGAGGAGUACUCGUACCUCUACAAGGACUCCGCGCACCCCGCCGGCUUCUUAGAGGCGUUCCGGGCGUUUUACCUGGACGGGCUGUUCACCGACAUCACCCUGCAGUGCGCUUCGGGGGUCAUCUUCCACUGCCACAGAGCUGCCCUAGCAGCCUGCAGCAGUUAUUUUAAAGCCAUGUUCACAGCCGAUAUGAAAGAAAAAUCCAAAACCCAGAUCAACCUUCCCGGGCUCAGCCACGCAGUACUGGAAGCUCUCGUGAAUUAUGCAUACACAUCACAGAUCCAGAUAACAAAGAGAAAUGUCCAAAGCCUACUCCAGGCUGCAGAUCUGCUCCAGUUCGUGUCAGUUAAGAAAGCCUGUGAGCAGUUUCUGGUAAGGCACUUAGAUACUGACAACUGCAUUGGGAUGCACUCCUUUGCUGAAUAUCAUGAUUGCUCGGAGCUGGAGAAAGAGUCCAGAAGGAUUUUGUUAUGGCAGUUUGAAGAAGUGUGGAAGCAGGAAGAGUUUCUGGACAUUGGCAAGGAGAAGCUCUCUUAUAUUCUCUCCAGGGAGAAUCUCAAUGUUCAGAAAGAAGAGGCAGCCAUUGAAGCUGUCAUUAAGUGGGUGGCACACAACGUGGAAGGAAGAAUUGAAGACAUCUGUGAAGUGCUGAGCUGCAUCAAAUUAGACUUAGAUAAUGUGUAUUUGAGGUCAGCUUUAAGCCUGCAAAACAAAUGCCGACUCAAUGACCGUAAGAUAAGGUCACUCAUAUAUAAUGCCCUGAACCUCAAUCCCAAAGGUCUUUCCAGAAGAUCCACAGCAGCCAUGUACGUAAUUGGAGGAUAUUAUUGGCAUCCCUUAUCAGAAGUGCAUGUUUGGGAUCCUUUAACCAAUGCAUGGGUCCAGGGAACAGAGAUGCCAGAUCACACCAGAGAGAGCUAUGGGGUCACUAGUUUGGGACCAGACAUAUAUGUGACAGGAGGUUACAGAACAGAGAGCAUUGAAGCUCUUGACACCGUGUGGAUAUAUAACAGCGAGAGAGAUGAGUGGACAGAAGGCUGCCCUAUGCUCAAUGCAAGGUAUUACCACUGCGCCGUUUCCUUGAGUGGCUGCAUUUAUGCAUUGGGAGGGUACCGAAAGGGAGCUCCAGUCCAAGAAGCUGAGUUUUAUGAUCCUUUAAUACAGAAAUGGCUUCCCAUUGCAAACAUGAUCAAAGGAGUUGGAAAUGCCACUGCCUGUGUCCUGCAUGAAGUCAUCUAUGUCGCUGGAGGUCACUAUGGUUACAGGGGAAGCUGCACCUACGAUAAAAUCCAGAGAUACCAUUCAGGUAGCAAUGAGUGGAGUAUAGUCACCACAAGUCCACAUCCAGAAUAUGGAUUGUGUUCAAUUACGUUACAAAACAAGAUCUAUUUUGUGGGUGGACAGACCACGAUCACUGACUGCUAUGACCCAGAGCAAAAUGAGUGGAAGCAGAUGGCUCACAUGAUGGAGAGAAGGAUGGAGUGUGGCACGGUGGUUAUGAACGGAUGCAUCUAUGUAACAGGAGGAUAUUCCUAUUCAAAAGGAACAUACCUGCAGAGCAUUGAGAAAUACGACCCUGAACUGAACAAAUGGGAAGCAGUAGGUAAUCUUCCCAGUGCUAUGCGGUCACAUGGCUGUGUCUGUGUGUAUAAUGUGUAAGCAUUUAAUUUUCAUCUUGCUGUUACAGAAAACAGCAGAUGCAGUAUUCAUAACAGUACUGAUUACCUCAUGAGGGGUUGUCUAAUAUAAUCACUUAGUGCACAUUGUUAAUAACUAGGUGUAAUUUGUUCUCAUUUUAAACAACUCAGAAACAUAAAUGUGGUAACAAAAUUUCCAUCUACUUUUUAGUACAAUUAUUCUUUGUCAUGGAAGUUCUCAAACUGCUCUCUUAUAAUACUUUGUACAGCAAUAUAGGAACUACUGUGAAAAAUGGAUUUGUUUUUGUUAGUCAUUGGAUGAAACUAUGACUUGGUGCUAAGAUGAGUAAAGCCAAACAAAAUACGGUUCUAAGGACUACUGGCCUUAAGAUGAAAUCUUUGUGUUCUGAAGGUAGCUGUAGAAAUGGACCAUUGACACAAGCUAAGUGUAUGGCAUAUGCAGGGCAAUAUCACUGGGAUAACUAGGUUAUCAGAUUCAGAAAUGGACAUUUACAGCAUGCCUCUUAACUCUACCUUCAAGUGCCAAAGCAAAGAAGAGCUUAGGCUAGGAAUAAGGGAGGAAAUGUUGGUAGUAGCCCCAGAGCAUGGGCCAAAAGCAUGCACUAGUUUUCCUGAAGGAGAAGUAAAAGGACAUUUCUCUUUCCCUUUCUCGCAUUCUCUUUGACAUUGCCAAUGAGAAAUGAUAAAAGACUCUGCAAGGCUUUGCAAUGGGAUCUUUGGGUGAUGCACAGGUAUUUGUAGUUUGGGUGUUUUUGUGGGCGGAGGGCUGUUCAGAGAAAAGCCUUAAUGUGUUAACUCUUUUUUAAUAUCAAUUCGAGAUGUGUGCCUGUGUGGAAUGGAAGGACGAAAUGAGAGAGACUGGAAAAUUAACAUCUGCUUGAGAUUCAAACUUCUCUAUUUUGUUUAAUGCCAUUUGAUCUUUUCUAAACUGUGACUUGAGCAAAGGUAACAACUAAAGAAACUUGUCAAAGUAUGUUAUGCAUGAAGAAAAACCAUGAUCUAUAGGAUUGAUUUAUUUAUUAUUUCUGUCAAAACUUAAUAUGAGAUCUUCAAAUUCUGUGUAGAAAGUGGAUUUUUGUAAAGUUAUUUACAGACAAACAGAUGACACUCUGUGGCCUGAGAGUGCUGAUUCAAAUGAAGAAAUGCUUCAGGGAACAGAGAAGGCUCUUUUAGCACUGAUCUCCCAAUCCAGUUUAUAAAAUGACUGCACAGAGAGCUGUUAGGCAUUGGUGUGAGAGGCAGGGACAACACAGGUUUGCCGUAGGGUGUGGUGGGAACUUCCCACACCAGCACUGCCAUCUAAAAAGAAUUUUAGGUUUUAUUGGAUUUCUCACGUACAAAUAAAAGACUUUUCCAAGCAGUAAGUUCUGAGUUUAUAAUAUUUCUUUUGCUUGAUCAUAAGCAUGUUCAGCUUUUUAAAAAUUCUUUCACUUUUUUAUGCUAUUUCUGACUUGCAUUUGACUGCUGGUAGCAGGUGGCACUCAGCUCUGGCUUUGAUGCGAAGUUCUGUGGUGUAUAUGUACAGUUCUUUUUUUGAUAUUUUUGUAUGUUGCCUCACUAUGUCAGAAGCUUGUGUGUGUAUUCAGUGUUUUGCUUUGUUACCCAUCUCACUGAGAUCUAUUUAGGGAUCCCAUGUAACUUGUUUAAAGACUCUAAAGAGCAGUGGAGAAUUGAACUCUGAGGCUGUUUGAAAUGUGUGGGCCAGGCAGGUGAGCAAGACAUAAAAUGAAUUUGUUUCUCCUGGAAAUCUCCACAGCUGACAAUUGCUCAAGGGCAGGUGGAGAUUGAAAGGACAACAUCACAAGAACAUGAAGGUGAUCUUUGUAUUGAAUGAAACCACACUGAACCCAAUGUGUUUAUGUAAUUUUUCAGUGCAAAUUAUGUACCCAUGAAGCUUCAUGUUUGUUGAAAAACACAAGCAUAGAACAGCUGCUUGUGGCUGGCAUUGAGGUUCAUUCUGGUCUGAAUCCAAAAGUCAUGAGUCAGUGAAAGGAUCUAAGAACAAGGUGAGGACUAACAAAACCAAACCCCUAAGCAUCCACUUGCCAACUGCUAGCAAACUAGGUGCUUGAUGUUGGUGAAAGACAGUGCUGUUGCAGGGCUGGGGCACAGGCACAGGAAGCUGGACUCUGCUUUGUGCCCCUGGGCAACCUGCAGGCAAGCAAAUGCUGCUUUUUGGCCUCAGUGUUAAGUGCAAAGUGGAAAAAAAGCCUUUAGUUCUCCCCUGUCAGGAAAGAGUUUGUUGGUCUGGCAUAAAUAAAAGUUCAAGAAAUUACUGCUUAGUACUUGAGUUGAAUCCUAAUUUCUCAGAGAUUUUCAAUGCAUUAGAAUAAAUGGAGAGAAGGAUAAGUUCAGACUAAUGGUUAAAUUUCAACUGGUGCUAUUUUUCACAAUAACCUACAAGGCCCUUUUAAAUUAACUCAUGUAGCACAUCCCAAGAUGUGUUGCAACCACGUCUUGGGCAGAGGCAUUAAAAUGAACUCAGCAGGAGGAAAAUAGGAUUCUGACCCCUGGUCAGAAGCCUACAAGGAAUCUCUUAGCCAUCUCUGUAAUAUGUUUUUAAAAACUGUUGAAUGCAAACACUGAAUUAUUGUGUUAUUGGACCUGUGCUAUGGUAGACACUGUUCUACUGUUUCACCUAUAAACUAGAAAAUUAAGUAAUGUGGAAGUCAAAUCAAUUGUAAAGUCAAUACUAUUGCUUAAAAUUUUCACCUCUGUCAUUUCCAUGUUUGUAGCACUACAGAUGGCCACGGUAUAUCUGUAGUGUUUAAGUGAAUGUUUGCAACACUUAAUAAAUGUGAAUAUACCACUACUGUACAAA